CCUCUUCUCAGAUUAACUGGAGCUGGAUCAACCCGAUGCGCUGGAAGGGUUGAAGUCUAUCACAACACAACCUGGGGAACAGUCUGUGGUGACGGAUGGGAUGUGAAUGAUGCCGACGUGGUUUGUAGACAGUUGGACUGUGGUAGAUCUGUCAGUGCUCCUCAUGCAGCAGACUUUGGUGAAGGAACUGGACACAUUUGGCUAAAUAAGGUGAAUUGUUCAGGCAGAGAAAGGUCUCUGACUGAGUGUCAGCAUCCAGGAUUUGGGAAACACAACUGUGGACAUGGAGAGGAUGCUGGUGUCGUCUGUUCAGCCAGCUUUCCAAAUCCCAGUAUCUCCAUGGAACCUGCUGGUGAGGUUUCAUGGGGAGAUGAUGUCCACCUCACUUGUACAACCAUAGAUGGACUCUCAGGUGGACGCUUUUUUCUCCAAAACAGCGCAGAUUCUUUCAGUAUGGCUCAAAGUGCAAAGUCUUUCUCUACGACCUUUGUCAUCCCCAAAGUGAACUUUUCCCAGAGCGGAUCGUAUCAGUGUCGGUAUGCCAAAACGCUAUCAAUGGAACCUUUCUUCUCCCCUGUCAGCAAUCCGGUCACUCUUAACAUUACAGUGAGGCAGCAGAGGCCCAGCAUCUCCUUGACUUCCCCUCCUGAACGGCUGUCCUGGAGUCCUGAGGGUGCCGUGGUUACCAGGGGCUCCAGCUUUUCCCUCUCCUGCUCCAUUAACUCCAGCUAUCCUCAGGGCCGUUUCUUCCUGCUGUUUUCCGGCUCCGACAUCGUGGACACCAAGCCGGCAGUCAACAACUCAGCCUCAUUUCACUUCCCUGUGGCUGGGUUUGAGCACCAGGGCGACUACAGCUGCGUGCAUGAGCUCAGCCUGUCUGCUCAGAGCUUCAAUUCCACUGAGUCAGAAGCACUGACUGUGCUCAUUGAAUUGCCUCUGCUGCUGCGGGUGGCCCCAGGGUCCGGUGGAACGCUCCUGCUGCUCCUGCUGGUCUUGUUAGUGGUCUGUCUGGUCCGCAGAAGAACAAGCGCCAAGCGGACUUUUCCUCCCGACCAAAAUCAGAUGGUCCUCACACAGAGGAAGGCAUACACUGAUGAUGAAGAGGACGAAGAGGACGAUGAGGUCUAUAAGAAGUUCCUCCUCUCACUGCAGUCUCUGAGCCCAAAGGACGUCUGGCUGUUCUUCUCCAGGACGCCGCACCUCAAAGCCGGGCAGCUUGGAAGCUCCGAGUACUGCACCUGUUCUCCACCCACCCAGAACCAGGCGUCGCCCAGGAAGCGCAGGCCCGUCCACACCUGCCACCAUCAGCAGAGAGACCCACGUCAGCACAGAGGGAGACCCCCCCAGACCCCACACAGGGCAGAAAGGCGGCCCACCUCCUCAGUGGCGGCCUGCUGCGCCCUCCCUCGCGCG